CCCGUUUCUCUUUUCUUCAUUUUUGCUCUCUCCUUCUUCUCCUACUGACCCAAGCAGCGGCAGCCAAUCCUUUCUCUAAACCCUCUCUCCCUUACUCGGUCCUCGGCGCCGUCGCUUUCGCCGCCCUAGGCCUUUCUUGCAGCGGCUCCCUCUUUCUUUCCCUUUCCUCUUUUCUUCUCUUCCCGUUCCUGCCGCCAGUUUCCUCUCUUUCUAAAAAAGCCUAGCCAUCGUUGUCUCCUUCACUCUAAAAACUGUAUCACCCACCUCGAAAUCUAUCCUAUCCGUAUCACCUGCCUCUCUGUCUCCAAAAAGAAAAACAUAUUUUUCAUUCUCUCUCUAAUAAUCCAUUGAAUCAGCAGGGUUGAGCCAUUUCCAACAUGUUAUUAAGCUCAUUUCCUUUUCCGUUUCAGUAAUUCCUUGACACCAUGAGCAGUGCCAUUAGAGCCAGAAACUUCCGCCGCAGGGGCGAUGACAUUGAUGAUGAUGGCAACGAUGAUAACAACACCCCCAACAUUGCCUCUGCCACCGUCACCGCCACAAAAAAACCCUCAUCUUCAAAGCCCACCGCAAAGAAGCCCCCGAAACUCCUAAGUUUUGCCGACGAUGAAAAUGAAGAAGAAACUACCAAACCCUCCUCAAAUAGAAACAGAGAUAAGGAAAGGGAAAAACCCUUUUCCUCUCGGGUUUCCAAACCCUUAUCUGCCCACAAAAUUACCUCCACAAAAGACUGCAAAACCCCUUCUACUUUACCUUCCAAUGUCCAGCCCCAAGCUGGGACUUACACAAAAGAAGCGUUACUUGAGCUCCAAAAGAACAUGCGUACCCUCGCCGCCCCUUCAUCACGAGCUUCCUCUGUUUCAUCUGAGCCUAAGAUUGUCCUCAAAGGCCUUCUAAAACCCCAAUCCCAAAAUUUAAACUCCGAGCGAGAUAAUGAUCCUCCAGAGAAACUUCAGAAAGAUGACACAGAGUCUCGUUUGGCAACGAUGGCAGCUGGAAAAGGGGUGGAUUUGGAUUUUUCAGCUUUUCCCGACCAGGCAACCAUUGAUGCUAUUAAGGCCAAGAAGGACCGGGUUCGGAAGUCGUUUGCAAGACCUGCGCCUGAUUAUAUAUCAUUGGAUAGGGGGAGCAAUCUUGGUGGUGCUAUGGAAGAAGAGUUGAGUGAUGAUGAGGAACCAGAGUUUCCAGGGCGGUUGUUUGGUGAAAGUGGGAAAAAGGGUGUGUUUGAGGUUAUUGAAGAGAGAGCAGUGGGUGUAGGUUUGAGGAAAGAUGGGAUUCAUGAUGAGGAUGAUGAUGAUAAUGAGGAAGAGAAGAUGUGGGAAGAAGAGCAAUUUAGGAAAGGAUUGGGGAAGAGGAUGGAUGAUAGCUCUAAUCGGGUUGUUAGUAGUAGUAAUAAUAGUGGUGGAGUUGGCAUGGUUCAUAAUAUGCAGCAGCAACACCAGCAAAGAUAUGGGUAUUCGACAAUGGGUUCAUAUGGUUCGAUGAUGCCCAGUGUUUCACCAGCUCCUCCUUCAAGCAUUGUUGGAGCAGCUGGGGCUUCUCAAGGUUUAGAUGUUACUUCCAUAUCUCAACAAGCUGAGAUUACCAAGAAAGCUUUACAAGAGAAUGUUAGGAGGCUUAAGGAAUCUCAUGACAGAACCAUUUCAUCAUUGACAAAGGCUGAUGAGAAUUUGUCAGCCUCACUUUUUAAUAUCACAGCUCUUGAAAAGUCUCUAUCUGCUGCUGGUGAGAAGUUCAUCUUUAUGCAAAAGCUUCGUGAUUUUGUUUCUGUUAUAUGUGAAUUUUUGCAGCAUAAAGCUCCCCUUAUAGAAGAACUUGAAGAGCACAUGCAAAAACUUAAUGAAGAACGUGCAUUAUCUGUCUUAGAAAGAAGAUCUGCAAAUAAUGAUGAUGAAAUGGUGGAGGUUGAAGCAGCUGUGACAGCGGCAAUGUUGGUUUUCAGUGAAUGCGGAAACAGUGCUGCUAUGAUUGAAGUUGCCGCAAAUGCAGCCCAGGCUGCAGCUGCUGCCAUUAGAGGACAAGUGAAUUUACCAGUGAAGCUAGAUGAAUUUGGUAGAGAUGUGAACCGGCAGAAACAUUUGGAUAUGGAACGGAGGGCUGAGGCUCGUCAACGCAGGAAAGCUCGAUUUGAUUCCAAGAGAUUAUCAUCCAUGGAAAUUGACAGUUCCUACCAGAAAAUAGAAGGAGAAUCGAGCACUGAUGAGAGUGAUAGUGAGAGUACAGCAUAUCGGUCAAACCGCGACAUGUUGCUUCAGACAGCAGAUGAAAUUUUCGGUGAUGCGUCUGAGGAAUAUUCCCAACUUUCUUUGGUUAAAGAGAGGUUUGAAAGAUGGAAGAAAGAUUAUUCUUCGAGCUAUCGCGAUGCUUACAUGUCAUUAAGUAUUCCUGCUAUUUUCUCUCCAUAUGUAAGACUAGAGCUUCUUAAGUGGGACCCACUCCAUGUCGAUGAAGACUUUUCUGAUAUGAAAUGGCAUAAUUUGCUAUUCAAUUAUGGUUUUCCAGAAGAUGGAAGUUUCGCCCCUGAUGAUGCUGAUGCUAACCUCGUUCCUGCCCUAGUGGAAAAGGUUGCACUUCCAGUGUUGCAUCAUGAAAUUUCCCAUUGCUGGGACAUGCUUAGCAUGCAAGAAACGAAGAAUGCUGUUUCUGCCACAAGUUUGAUUAUAGAUUAUGUUCCUGCUUCUAGUGAGGCUUUAGCAGAAUUAUUAGUUACUAUCCGCACUCGUCUAAGCGAAGCUGUUGCCGAUAUUAUGGUCCCAACAUGGAGCCCACUUGUGAUGAAGGCUGUGCCAAAUGCUGCACGAGUUGCUGCAUAUCGGUUUGGGAUGUCUGUUCGUUUGAUGAGAAAUAUCUGCUUGUGGAAGGAAAUCCUGGCAUUGCCAAUUUUAGAGAAGCUUGCUCUUGAUGAGCUUUUGUAUGGUAAAAUAUUGCCUCAUGUUCGAAAUAUUACUUCAGAUGUUCAUGAUGCUGUUACAAGAACAGAACGCAUUGUAGCUUCUUUAUCAGGGGUGUGGGCAGGCACAAAUGUCAUACAAGAUUCCAGUCGCAAGUUGCAACCGCUGGUGGAUUAUGUGUUGUUGUUAGGAAAAACACUGGAAAGAAGGCAUGCAUCUGGUGUGACUGAAAGUGGGACUGGUGGACUAGCUCGUCGGUUGAAGAAAAUGUUGGUUGAGCUCAAUGAGUAUGACAGUGCAAGGGAUAUAGCAAGGAGGUUCCAUCUCAAGGAAGCAUUAUGAAUUAUGCUGUGAAGUAUAUGAUAUGAUUAACUGGAUUGACUGAAACUAGUUACAGUUGUCCAUGAAUUGAAGAAAGGUAUUGGGUAUACUCGAUUAAUACGGCAAGAGAUCACCAUUGCAAAUUUAAAUUCUGAGGGUAGCUUUCCUGAGCAUAGGUUGGGCUGUAACUGAGAUGCUCUCUCUGUAGACCCCAGUGCUUUUUCCUCCCCACUUUCAACCGCUACUUCUCUUUUUCCAUUUAAUUAUUUAUCUUAGACCUCUGAUGUUAAGAUGGAUGUAUGUGCUCUCUCAUAUCUUCAAUAGUCUUCUAACUGAAAGCUCUUUUGAGUUCUUUGAAAAACCUUGUAAAAUUUUAGGAUGCAAUAUAAUUCUUUUGCUAGUGUUUCUGGUCCA